CAUCGCCCAGCUAAGUUAUAUUAUACUCGGCUUUCUUUCUUGCGUCGAUCUCUGAUCUGUCCCCUCCUCUCCGCUUCUUCUUCUUCUUCCUCUUUCUCGUUGACUAAAGUUUCCCCGGUGUUCGUUCUUUCAUUUAUCCUCCUUCACACCUCCAUUUCCCGGAUCUCGCUCUUCUAUUUACUCAAUUGAAUCUGUCUCCCCACGCCGCUCACCCUUGGUUUUGUUGAUGUCCCGGUGACAAUUGACGAUAUCGCCUACUCUUAUUAGCUGCAGUCUAUCUUUCACCACACCUACAUAUAUCUUUCUUGCACGGUCGCUUGGCUUGAAUCUUGUUUAAGGGUCUACUGUGCGCUUGUUACUCGGCAAUCAUGCUACUUCCGCGGCUUUCGUCCCUUUUGUGCUGGGCUGGCUUGGCCAGCGUGCCUCUGGCCAGCGCCUACGAUGGUGAUGACAAUGUCAAGAGCAUUCCGCUUCGCACGCACAGUCUUUCACCGCCAUACUUGGAUUCCGACUUCCAAAGCCGCUGGUUCGAUUUUGGUGGUGACACGAUAGUUCGCGCCGACAAAUACAUCCGUCUUACGUCCGAUCGCCCGUCGCAGCAGGGAUGGAUCUUCUCCCGUGUGCCUUUGACCGCGACCAACUGGGAGAUCGAGGUUGAAUUCAAGAUCGAAGGGUCCGGCAACUUGCACGGCGAUGGUUUCGCCAUGUGGCUCACCAAGCAGCGCGCCACCCAGGGUCCUGUCUUCGGUUCGACGGACAACUUCGAGGGUCUGGGCAUCUUCUUCGAUACGUACAAGAACAACCGUCCCGGCACUUCGUUCCCCUACGUCAUGGCCAUGAUGGGCGACGGCCAGACUACCUACGACCAGGCUCACGAUGGAAAGGCUAAUGAACUGGCUGGCUGUUCUGCUCGUGGUCUCCGUGGUGCCUCCAUCCCUACCAAGGCCCGCUUGACUUACUUCCAGGACAAGUCCUUGACCCUGGACCUGCAGUACAAGUCCGAGGACAGCUGGAUCCCCUGCUUCGAGCUGACCGCCCCCGAGUACAACAUUGCCAUUCCCUCUGUCGCCUACCUGGGCUUCUCUGCCGAGACUGGUGAGCUCAGCGACAACCACGACAUCAUCUCUGUCAAGGCCCAGAACUUGUACAGCGUUGGUGGCGGCAGCGGCAGCAGUGGCAGCGGUUCCCGCUCGGGCAAGGGCCGCGACACUGGUCGUGUCAAGCGCCGUAAGCAGAAGGGCAGCUGGGGAUGGUUCCUGUUCAAGACCGUUCUGUUCUUCGCUGUGGUUGUUGGAGGCUAUGUUGGGUACACUGCGUACCGCACCAAGCACCGCUACUCGCGGUUCUAGAUGUGGCAGAAUGGGGAGCCUGAGAGAGAAACAGAACCUGAAACAGAACAGAAAUGUGUCAUUUAUCCUUGCAUAGCCGUGUCGCGUUAUAUCAGUUGUAUCUAUCUAUGAUCUUGCUUGCUUCCUUGCAACGCGAAAAGUUGACG